AUGAGUACAUUGGCAGCUGCGAGAGCAGAUAAUUUUUACUUUGGACCUAAUUAUGAUCCGAAUGGAUUUGAAAUAUUAGAGAAGAAUGAAACUUAAAGGAAAGCGAAAGCCUUCGAGAUUGGAUUAAUAUAAAAUAAAGAGUGGGCCUAAGAUCAGGUUUGA